AUGUAUGAUCCGUCUCUCAAAAGCAUUAUCGUAGAGUAUAUGCCAAUUGCUGAGUUCUCGAACAAUCGGAUGAAGCUCUCAUCAACGGAGAGUAAUCUCAUCGGUGCCGCAGGUAAUCUGGGCAUGUAUGCGUCAGGAAUCCCUUUGGGGUUAUUAACAGACGCUCGAGGACCACGGCUUACGACAAUCUUGGGAGCUAUCACGCUCGGUGUUGGGUAUUACCCAAUCUAUCAAGCAUAUGUGCAUGGAGAGGGUUCGUUGGGUGUGACAAUGUUGUCGUUUUUCUCUUUUCUUACUGGCUUCGGAAGCUGUUCGUCCUUUUCUGCAUCUAUUAAGACAGCGGCUUCCAACUUCCCUGAUCAUCGAGGCACAGCAACUGCGUUCCCCCUGGCAGCAUUUGGCCUGAGCGCCUUCUUCUGGUCCACCGUGUCUGCGGUUAUCUUCAAGGACGACACGGGAAAAUUCCUUCUUCUCUUGGCCCUAGGAACCUUCUUAUUAAACCUUGUCGCUAUACCAUUUCUCCGUGUCCUGCCACCCCGUGGCCCAUACCAGCCUUUGUCGCAUAUGGGGGACACUAUCGUCGAAUCCCGGCCGUUGCGUACUACUAGGUCCACUGAACUACGAUCUUCUUAUCAAGAAGAGUUUGAUGAAGCAGGUACGCAAAGUUCUAGUAUCUUUGAAUCACAGCCCCACGCGCACGCUCGGUCACCCUCACACGCCUCGGAUUCCCGCCAUCAUCAUGUCAAUAGCCUCGACUCCGACGAGACAUCUUCGUUGGUGUCUAAACCGACCUCGAGGCUGUCUCGAGAUGCCCUGGAUGGAUUUCGCGCAGAUGAAGACCUGCCUCAUGUGACUCUCAACUCACCUCACCCAGAUGUUAGAGGCUUGGCGAUGCUGCCGAAAGUAGAGUUCUGGCAACUCUUCCUCACAAUGGCGCUUCUUUCUGGAAUUGGAUUAAUGACUAUCAAUAAUAUUGGCAACAGUUUCAUUCAUCAGCGACAGGUCAUGCAUGUUUCCAUCUUGUCCUUUGGCAACUUCAUUGGCCGCCUCUUGAGUGGCAUUGGGUCCGACAUGCUAGUCAAGAAGUUGAACAUGUCCCGAUUUUGGUGCUUGUUCAUUUCUGCAACUGUCUUCACGGGAACACAACUUGCGGGAGCCGCGAUCUCGAACCCUAAUCAGUUGGUUGUAGUUUCGGGGUGCACGGGCGUCGCAUACGGAUUUCUUUUCGGUGUCUUCCCAUCGCUGGUAGCCCAUACAUUCGGGAUUGGAGGUCUCUCUCAGAACUGGGGUGUAAUGACCCUUGCACCGGUCCUGAGUGGUAACCUUUUCAACCUAAUCUACGGCACUAUCUAUGAUAAACACUCAAUCAUUGCCCCCGACGGCGAGCGAGACUGCCCAGACGGCUUGGCCUGUUAUCAAGGGGCCUACUACACGACUUUCUUCUCUGGCGUUGCCGGAAUCGUCGUGUGCCUGUGGAGUAUCUGGCGCGAGCAUCAGAUUCACCAAGCUUUUCACAGAAAAGUCGAACAUGACCGUCUCGCUUGA